UCGGCUACGUUCACUAGAGGGUGCCACCCUUGCGUUCGUUGACAUCCUUUUUCCUGCGUCUGAUGAAAGGACGUUGUGUGAGUUGAGCAACGUGGAUAGUAGUAGUUAGUUAGAAUUGAGUCGCAGACUUUCGCCACACAUUUGUACAUUUUUUCUGUUCUCUCUCCCCUUGAUGGUGCGUAAAAACCAAGGCCUCGUAUUGAAACAAUAGAAUCUCAAUUCAAGUAUCGUAACCCAGUUGUUGAAAUACCUUUAGUCAUUCGCACCCAACACACACACACGGCUGUUUCCCGUUUUCUUUUGAGUUUUGUUCAACCUGUUUUUUUGAGUCGAGAGACAAAGAGACUCGAUCGAAACAAUGAAAGAAGAAAUCGAAGCUGCGGCUCUUUUCAUUACGCAACUGGUGUCCCAGUCCAGUCAACUUGCCAACCUGCCUGAAGACCGGCUACAAACUUUCAAGAGGCACCUCAUCAGGCUCUUUGAGGAGAGGUUUCAUAACCACUGGUUUCCUGACAGACCUCAGCGAGGUCAGGGCUUUCGUUGCAUCAGGUUAAAUGGUGGUAGCCGUCCUGAUCCUCUCAUUCAGAAAGCUGCGCUUGAGACUGGGCUUGAGUAUUGUGAUCUGAGGCUGCCGGUGGAAUUCACCAUGUGGGUAGACCCAAGGGAGGUCUCGUGCAGAUUUGGCGAGCAUGAAGGUUCCUAUUGCACCGUGGCGUCGUUUGAAAAGGAGACGGACGCCAAGGCCGUUGCUGGUAGCACGUUAGCGCCACUGCAAGUCGUGACCGACAACGACAGGAGUUUGGCUGUCUCUCAGCAGCAAAUUAGCCCUCGCCGAACCAACACCAGUAGCAACCGCAGCAGCCGAGGAUCUCCGUCGCCGGUCAGCCCACCGCGUGCAACCAUCCAGCAGCAGCAGCAGCAGCAGUACCGACUCAACUGUUUUUAUCCCAACUACGACCCAUCGCACAAGGGCUGGUAUCCUGUGACUGCCACUUCUUCCUAUAGUUCUCUCUCACCUCCUCCACCCAUGGCUCUCAACUACCACGCACCCAAAUCUCGCUUCGUCCAGCAACAGCACCCAUGGGGCUUGGCUUACGUUCCGACCGUCCGCUACCUCAACAACUGGCCCAUGGGUCAAAUGGUCAAAGUUUGAGGUGAGAGAGGAAAAGAGAGAAAGACCAAAAACAAAAGAAACAAAAGGCUCAUCGUUACACAAAACGACAACACAAUGUUCCAAAUCCCUCGUCAACACUUGCCUUUCGUUGUUCGGUUAUUUUUGUCGUCCGUCAUUUCUUUUUCAAAACUAUUACCUCUAACGAUAUUUGAAUUUUGUUUGUGAUAAGUUCCACUCAUUUUUUUUCCAUCUCAGCUCCCGGUUUUCAAAGUUUUUUUUUCUUCUUUUUUCGAUUUUAAAGGGGGUGUGUGUUUUCGUCCUGAAAGUUUUGUCCUCUCUCCUUUAUUAUGUUUUUUUUUUCUUCUUCUUGGGCGCCCCUUCGACGAGUCACUGGCGAUUACACCUCGGCGUGCAAUCUGUUUUGCCUUUGUCUGGCUCGACAUCCGCGAAAAAGCACCGGCACCACCACCCCCCUAACAACUUUCUUCCGUUAAUGAAACAACCAACUCUUUAUGUGAUUCAUGUUUGCUACUCUCUCUUACGAAGUGCACCCCACCUUUCGUGACUUGAUCUAGAUAACAGAAAACAAUCCAUUUUUCUCGGACCAUUUAGCAAUUUGAGGACCUCCCCUUUACACAGUGUCGAAGAAGAAAAAAACAAAACAUCCGGAAAAUGUUCCCUGUUGGUGUGUGUGUAUGUUUGUAAGAAAAACUAAGAAUCCGUCCCAGCUAUACUAUUGAUCUACUAUCACUAUAUAUGUAUAAUCGAACACAUCUUUCCGUUUCCCAAUUUUUUUGUUUAUUAUCCUCUAUUCUUUCGUGUCCUAAUUUUUUCCCUCCCACUGUAUCUGUGCCGCGUUUGGUGUUUUGUAUCUACGUAUCGAAGUUGUUCCUCCGGUUGAUUUUGGUCAAACAUGUUUCAUUCCUACUCGUCCUAAACAAGCAAAAACAACAACCAAAUAAGAGAAUGUAUUUAGUCGAUUAUAUUAUAUAGUAAAUCCUGAUUAUUCCCCCUUCCCUGUUUUCUUUCUCUUAAUUCCAUAAUGGCUGGGAUUUUCUCAAUCCUUUACUCCCAAUUCUUAAUCACAAUACAACUUUGUUUCCGCAUAAAAUAA